UUUCCACUGAGAAACCUGUCUUCUUUAUGCUGCAACAGAGUAUUCUACAGUGAACCAACAAACUUCUAAAGCACAAUCUCAAUCUCACUGUCAUAUUCAAACCUCAAUGGGUUACAUUCAAGACGCACGCGAGAAUCACGUUAAGAAGAAAGUGGAAGAAGCUUUGCGCAGCAAAAUGAAGCAGAAGGCACUGAAGGAGUGUGAUCGUUACACGGCAAAGUAUGCUGAAUGCGCGUCCGGGAAAACACUGUCAGUUGUGUGGCGUUGUCGCCAACAAGCUAAAGAGUUGAAUGAUUGUCUUCAUCAAUUCACCAAUGAUUCUGUUUUGGAGGAAAUGAAGAAAGAAUACAUGUUAAAACAAGCAGAGGGCUCUAGUAGAAUCCAGACCGCUUGAUUUCAAUGUGUACGGUACAGUUUAUCAACAUAAUCUGACAUCUUCCAUUUCAAUUUUUUAGACAUUUAGCCUUUUGUUUUUGCGAAUUUUGUAUGGAUAAUAGAACAUUAAUGAAAAGAUCUUGGUUUGUUACUACA